AUGCCUCAAACUCCACCUCCACCACCUCCAACGCAAUACGAACAACCAGCUCCUCCUCCUCAACAACAACCAUAUCCACAGCAAUAUCCUCAGCAACAGUAUCCACAACAAUAUCCACAGCA